GUGACGCAACAUCAGCUGGGUUUGUUUUGCUUUAUGAUGACCGUUGCUCCGUAUGGAGUUGUACAUUUACAAAAACAUCGCGUUUUAAUUUUAUUAAUGUGAGACAGGAGGAUAGUUGAAGUUUCGGAGUAUAUUCUAAGUAGGACUUCGGUUUGUCACAAUUUGUCCAAAAGGUACAACCGAUCCCAGGCCUCCGAUCCAGAGCGGAGGGAGGGAAGGAGGUCGUUGGGAAUCGGGAUGGAGUCCGGAGAGGGAGCCGACGGUCCUGGCGGCCCGCCGGUUCUGUGCUGCGCCUCUUUCAACCAAGACUCCACGUCAUUGGCUGUGGGCAUCAAAACUGGAUACAGACUUUUCUCUGUGACCUUGGUUGACAAACUGGACUGCAUUCAUGAGAGCACAGAAACUCAAGACGUCUUUAUCGUGGAAAGGCUUUUCUCCAGCAGCCUUGUGGUGGUGGUGAGUCAGUCAGUGCCACGUCGUAUGAAUGUCUACCACUUCAAAAAGGGCACUGAAAUUUGUAACUACAGCUACUCAAACAACAUUCUUGCAGUGCGCCUCAACAGACAGAGACUGGUUGUUUGUCUGGAAGAAUCCAUCUAUAUUCACAAUAUAAAGAACAUGAAACUUCUGCAAACACUUCUCAACACACCAUCCAAUCCAUCAGGUCUCUGUGCUCUCUCCAUCAACCAUUCCAACUCUUUCUUGGCAUACCCAGGAAGUGACACCAUCGGAGAAAUUAUUGUCUACGAUGCCAACAAUCUGAGCACUGUGAACAUGAUUCCAGCCCACGACAGUCCACUGGCUGCCAUCACCUUCAGUGCCUCUGGUACCAAACUGGCCAGUGCUUCUGAAAGAGGCACUGUGAUUCGAGUGUUCUCCAUUCCAGAGGGACUGCGCUUGUUUGAGUUCCGGCGGGGCAUGAAAAGGUAUGUCAACAUCAGCUCCCUUUCCUUCAGUCCGGAUGCCCAGUUCCUCUGUGCCUCAAGCAAUACAGAGACAGUGCACAUUUUCAAGCUGGAACAGCACAGUCUAAGUGGGGAGGAGGAAAAUCCCUCUUGGUCAGCAUAUGUUGGUAAGAUGUUCACAGCUGCCAGCAGUUAUCUCCCAGCACAGGUGUCAGGCAUGAUGAGUCAAGACAGAGCUUUCGCUACCGUCCGUCUUCAAAUGGCUGGUCAGAGGAAUGUCUGUGCCCUGGCAAUAAUCCAGAGGCUUCCAUGUUUGCUUGUGGCCUCCUCUGAUGGGCAGCUAUUCAUCUAUAAUGUUGAUCCUCAAGAUGGGGGUGAGUGCACUUUGGUGCAGAAGCACAGGUUGUUUGGAUCAGAUGAGGAACAGGAGGAGACAGAGAAGUCUGAAACUACUGAGCCACCACAACCAUGCCAAUCUUACGCAGCCACUGUGGCCAUCCCCUCCUCUGGACCUGUUACAGCCACUCUCACAGGGUACUCUGAGGAUGGGGGAGCUAAGAAGGGUGAGGUGAUUCCUGAACAUGAGUUUGCAGCAGGGCCUGUUUGCCUGGAUGACGAAACAGAAUUUCCUCCCGUGAGCAUUCGCUAAUUCCCCAAGUCUGAGCACCAGACUACAUAGUGUUACAUUCCAGUGUAUCAUGGUGUUGUCUUAUCCCUCUGUCCAUAACCACAAGUGUAAUUGACUAUUUUUAACAAAACCAAGACCAGUCUGUUAGGUCUGAUGAUAGGGAGUUAAGUUAAUGAUAAUGCAUUUUCCAGGACCAGCUCUUGCAGUUUAGUAUUAACCAGAAGACAAUUUCACUUUAAACUCUUUGCGAUAUGAAAUGGUUUUUUUUUUAUAGAUUUGAGUGGUAUGUAAUCUGCAUUUGGACUGUAAUAAUGCUUGACACAGAUGUUGAGUUUAGAGAGAGAAAAAUACACAAUUUCUGACACUAAACCAGCAGCUGCUGUUUUAGUCCAAUGAUUUUUGUUUUAGAUCCUAUUUACUGUACAUGGACAGGACCAUGAGCACAAGUUGACUGAUUUGUUUGCUUAGGCACAGACUGGAUAAAGAAUGCAUUGUAUUCACCCAAGAUAUUUGUGUGUUUUACGGUUGUUUGUCUACCAUUUUCAUGCAGUAAAUGUUUUUAAAUAUUUUAUACACUUUCUAUUUCAAUCUAAAUGGCAUGAUGCCGUACACAUAUUUUUGUCUAUGCACACACACAACGUAAAGGAGAAUUUCAGUUUAAGAAUCGUUUUAUGUUCUGAACAUAAAUGUCUAAAUGUAUUUUAAUAAAGAAAAAUGUUUUGUGAUGGAAAAGAUUGCAAGAUCAGGAGUAGAAAUCUGAACCCAGUUGUAAGAAGCCCCUGAAGUUAGGAAUACCCUAAUCGUAAGUGUAUUGUCACUAAGAGUUUUCUUAACUUUUUCUUAAGGAGUUUCUUGCUACUGAUUUAGGACUAAAACUUUUUUUAGCCAGAUUAUUUGGUGCAGUGCUUAAUAACCUCCACUUGGUGGAGCACUGGAGUGCAUCAUUGUUCAACAGUCCUUGUUGUUACCACUAGCACUUCCUCACUUUUUUUGAGAGAGCAGUUAACAGUGAGUUAAUUAUAGAAACAUAGCCUUUUGAAUUGCUUAAUAUCAGUUCCUUAAAUAAAGGAGCUCAGGACUGUGAUAACAGAUGUAUUUCAUCAUCUAUAACAUAUCAUUUUGGACUAAAACCUAACUUAGUUGCCAAUGUUAUUCCUAUUAUAUGCCUUCUUAGUGCCGUUACCGCAAUCAUUGUGUUACUAUAAUACUAAAAUGUAAUUUUGUCGAACACAAAUGAUAUGGGUAAGACAUGUUCUCAGCAAGCUCCUGUUGGGAUCUGUAUCUUUCUAUAACACACCCAUGGGUGAGGGAACAAUAAAGCUCUGUUCUGGUUUCCGGUAGAUAAAUUGGUGCCGUGACAGAUCUGGGCGAGGCAGAGGGAGACGUCCGUGAGAGGGUAAAGGACAGGUCGAGGCCUAUCACAGAAUGAUCCUUGGUGCAUGAGCAAGGACAAACGAACAAAUAGUAAUAAUAAUAUCUUCAGGGUGCUAAAUUAUUAACGGAACGGUUGAAAUUAUUUCUUAAUUUCAGUUGAUCUGGGAUUUGGGUCGUUUUCACUCAAUCCCCUGAAGGGUGUGUUAUAUAUGAGGUGCAUGACUGAAAUAAAACCACAUAGUGUUAUAGUUAUGUAAGACAUAUUGUAUUAAUUUAGUUGUCAUACUGUAGCAGUUUAUUGUUUUAAUUUAUAACACAAUCAUUUUCAAUCAUAAGAGAAGAGGAAUUACUUUUUUUUCAUGUGUUUCUGCUGUAUUGAUAUGUUUACAUGUGACCAUCUUUCUGAAUACUAAUACAGCAGGAUGUUUUGUAUGUGCCUAUGAUAUGAGUGCAGCGUAUUUUGCUGGAUUGCUCAAGACCAAAAGAUUUAAAAAGGAAAAUAAUGUGUAGGAGAUAUAUUAGGAAUUAAAUUAU